CAUGAUCAAAACAUUGCUACAUAGUUGCAGAAGGAAGUGGCGUUAAUAUAAGACCUUACAGACUAUCCUGGCUGAUAAAGGUAUGCCACAGAAAGAUCCGUGUCAAAAGCAAGCAUGUGCAAUUCAACAGUGUUUACAAGCCAACAAAUACAUGGAGAGCAUGUGCAGGGAUGUGAUCAGGGAGAUGCGGCGCUGCUGCAGCAACACUCAGGCCGCAAAGUCCAUCUGCUGCUCCGGGUUCAAGGACUCCAAACCCACGGAGAGCAAAAGUAACACAUCACUCUGAUGGGAAUAAUGGAGGAAAGGAACAUUGUAUCAAUGUUUUAUUGACUGUAACACUGUACUGGAUUUGAAUAAAUAGACAUUUUCACAUGUCACUGCAGAAAGGCAUGUUUAUACUAUGGGUCAUAGAGAUGGCACACAAACAGAGGAAUAUUUGGAGUAUAAGUUAUUAACUACACCUGUAUUGGACCAUCCAAAAUGUCACACAUCUUUGGCACAACAUUAAGUGGGACAUCACAGUGUAAGAUGGCAAAUGUUGUAUUUAUUAAAGGGAAUUGUUUUCAUGUUAUUGUGCCCACACGGUGUUAUUAAGUUUGAGCCACAUGCUUUGUGCAGUUAAGCACUGAGCUACUCAUAUUGCAGAUGUGACUUGUUAAAGGACCUGCACACUCGUGGUAAAAACACGCAUGAGAUAAAUGAUUUGGCUGGUUAGACCCAAAGACUUGAGAUAAAGCUUUGCUAAAUAUGAGAACAUAAUUACAAAUACAUUGAGUUUUGUCUUUAAAGGUAAAAAAAAAAAAGAAGCCAUUUCAGCUUUUGUUUGCAGUUUCUCUAAGUUUGACUAUCAUAGAGCUCUGUGUCUACUGCAUUUGUUUCCAUUAGAUACACUGGUAGGGUACAUCUGUCUUUUCUACUGUGAAGUUCUCUCUGUGUGAUUUCUGUAUGUCAGGCCUUAUGUAUUAGUCUAGCAAGAAGCUUUUGAUUGCUUGACUAGCCUAUGGACUGUUUAGUUAUUUAUUUGUCCUGCUGUCCUUAAAGAAGUAUUUUCAACAGCCACAUUUCCCCCAAAAAAUCAAUAAACUUGAGGAAA